CUGCCGGCCGCCGCGAUGGCGAGCCGGGCGGUGGUGAGAGCCGGGCACAGCCCUCAACGUUUCCUAGUCCGGGCCGCGGUCGCCGCCCCCGCCCGGGCCGCGCUCCCCCUCUCCCGCUCCUACCCCCUCCCUCUUCGCUCCAACUCCUCCUCCACCGCCUUCCCCAGGCCUCUGUUCCUCCUCCUCGUACUGAUCCUGCUCCUGCUGCUCGGGGACGCCGGAGCCCAGCAAGGUGAUGGAUGUGGACAUACUGUACUAGGCCCUGAAAGCGGAACCCUGACAUCUAUAAAUUACCCACACACCUACCCUAACAGCACUGUUUGCGAAUGGGAGAUCCGUGUAAAGACGGGAGAGAGAGUGCGCAUCAAAUUUGGUGACUUUGACAUCGAAGAUUCUGAUUCUUGCCACUUUAAUUACUUGAGAAUUUACAACGGAAUUGGAGUUAGUAGAACCGAAAUAGGCAAAUACUGUGGUCUGGGGUUGCAAAUGAACCAUUCAAUUGAAUCAAAAAGCAAUGAAAUCACAGUGCUGUUCAUGAGUGGAAUUCACGUUUCUGGACGAGGAUUUUUGGCUUCAUACUCAAUUAUAGAAAAGCAAGAUCUAAUUACUUGUUUAGACACUGCAUCCAGUUUUUUGGAACCUGAGUUCAGCAAGUACUGCCCAGCCGGUUGUCUGCUCCCCUUUGCUGAGAUAUCAGGAGCCAUUCCUCAUGGAUACAGAGAUUCCUCCCCGUUGUGCAUGGCCGGUGUGCAUGCAGGCGUCGUGUCAAACACUUUGGGCGGCCAGAUCAGCGUCGUAAUCAGUAAGGGCAUCCCGUACUAUGAAAGCUCUCUGGCUAACAACGUAACGUCCGUGGUGGGACACUUAUCUACAAGUCUUUUUACAUUUAAGACAAGUGGUUGUUAUGGAACGCUGGGCAUGGAAUCUGGCGUGAUUGCUGAUGCUCAGAUAACAGCAUCCUCUGUGCUGGAGUGGACAGACCACACGGGACAGGAGAACAGCUGGAAACCCGAAAAGGCCAGGCUGAAAAAACCGGGACCUCCCUGGGCUGCUUUUGCCACUGAUGAGCAUCAGUGGUUGCAAGUAGAUCUGAAUAAGGAAAAGAAGAUCACAGGCAUUGUGACUACUGGCUCCACCAUGGUGGAGCACAAUUACUACGUAUCGGCCUACAAGAUUUUGUACAGUGCCGAUGGGCAGAGGUGGACUGUGUACAGAGAGCCUGGUGUGGACCAGGAUAAGAUAUUUCAAGGAAACAAAGAUUAUCACCAGGAUGUGCGUAAUAACUUUUUGCCACCAAUUAUUGCACGUUUUAUUAGAGUGAAUCCUACCCAAUGGCAGCAGAAAAUUGCCAUGAAAAUGGAACUGCUUGGAUGUCAGUUUAUUCCGAAAGGUCGUCCUCCAAAACUUACUCAACCUCCACCUCCUCGGAGCAGCAAUGACCUCAGAAACACUACAACCCCUCCAAAAAUAGCCAAAGGUCGUGCCCCCAAAUUUACUCAACCACUACAACCUCGAAGUAGCAAUGAUUUUCCUACACAGACAGAGCAGACAACUGCCACUCCUGAAAUCAAAAAUACUACCGUAACUCCAAAUGUGACCAAAGAUGUAGCCUUGGCCGCGGUCCUCGUCCCCGUGCUGGUCAUGCUGCUCACCACUCUGAUUCUCAUACUGGUGUGUGCUUGGCAUUGGAGAAACAGAAAGAAAAAAACGAAAGGCACCUAUGACUUGCCAUACUGGGACCGGGCAGGUUGGUGGAAAGGAAUGAAGCAGUUUCUUCCUGCCAAAUCCGUGGAGCACGAGGAAACCCCAGUUCGCUACAGCAGUAGUGAGGUGAACCACUUGAGUCCAAGAGAAGUCACCGCCGUGCUGCAGACUGACUCUGCAGAGUAUGCACAGCCACUUGUGGGAGGAAUCGUGGGCCCCCUCCAUCAGAGGUCUACCUUUAAACCCGAAGAAGGAAAAGAAGCAGGGUAUGCUGACCUCGAUCCUUACAGCUCCCCAGUGCAAGAAGUUUACCACGCCUAUGCAGAACCGCUGCCAGUGACCGGGCCUGAGUACGCGACCCCGAUCGUCAUGGACAUGUCCGGGCACCCCUCGGCUGCAGCUGGCCUGCCCUCCACGUCCACUUUCAAAGUUGCAGGGAACCAACCGCCCCCCUCAGCGGGAACAUACAACACUCUCCUCUCCAGGACCGACAGCUGCCCCUCGGCACAGGCCCAGUAUGAUACCCCGAAAGGUGGGAAGCCGGGCCCGAGCGCCCCGGACGAACUGGUGUACCAGGUGCCGCAGAGCUCACAGGAGGUGUCAGAAGCAGGGAGGGAGGGUGAGUGUGAUGUUUUUAAAGAAGUCCUUUGAAGGUGAUGCUGCUUUUUUACAAAGCAUCAUUUUAAAGCACAUGGCCUUUUUGGUUGUUGUAUUAGUGGUAGAACGUAUUACAUAUCUGUCACGGAUGUGGUUGGGGGAAGUGUGAUGACCGAGGUACAAAAAACUACUAAUCUUACCAUCUUGCUUUUAAAGGGUUACUGUGGCACAGUUACUGCUUGCCUAUGAAAUUUCAAACAUCAUGUUUGUUACUACUGUAAAACACUAUUUUAUACAGAAAAGGCUCCCUACUAUGCACUUCAAAGAAAUUUAAAAUCACUGAGUAUUUAUUACCGAUGCUGCAGGUACAUUGAUGAACUCGAGAUGGCUCUGUAAGCCUUUCUGGCAAUAACGCAUGGUACUGUUCUUAAAAAUGUCUAAAAAUGGCUUGAAAUUCAGCAAUUUAUGAAAGGUGGGUACUAUUGUUAUUUCUUCCUCUUCUAUUCCUGUAUUGCUUUCUGAAUUUAAAAAAAUAUAUAUUGAUAUAAUCAUU